UGGGGAAUUUUUUAAAAGGUCCGCUUUUCCGCGGCGCCUUCCAUUUGUUUGAUCUGUUCAAAUACAGAGAAGAGUCUCCCAACAAACCCAAGAAGAAGAAGAAGAAGAUUCCAUAGGAGAUCAAAUAACCCAUUUCUUGACUGCAUCUCUCUCUUCUCUACGCGUUCAGUCCUCCUUCCUCUUUAUAAGUUUCCAUACACAAGCACCCCCCCCCCCCCAUCGGGGGUGGUUUGUGUAUAGAAACUUUCGUUCUUGGUUCUUCCAAGAUUUCUCUGAAUCCCAGGUACAAUCAUCAACUUGAUAUUGCUGUCUCUGCACAUAGUUAGAAAUGUUCGGGUUUGGGAAAUCACCCGUCAAGGUUUUUAAGCAAAACUCAGUUGAUUCAGGACCUCAAGGAUCUUCUGGUUCUAAUCCUUUUGAUUCUGAUACUGAAUCGGACAAGAAGCAAACACUUAAACCCUCGAAAAGGUCUUCUUCUGAGCCUGUUCUCCCUAUGCCAAGCUCUAGUACCAAUCCUUUCGAUGAUGAUGACGACUGGGGCCAAGGGACCUCUUCAACAGCAAGGAACAAAUAUAAGAAUGACUCUCGUGAUUCGGGAGGAGUGGAGAGCCAGUCUGUGCAAGAACUGGAGAAUUAUGCUGUGCACAAGGCAGAGGAGACAACAAAGACAGUCAACAGUUGUCUGAGGAUCGCUGAGGACAUUAGAGAAGAUGCUUCAAAGACCCUUGUCACCUUGCACCAGCAAGGUGAACAAAUUACCAGGACCCACAUGAUGGCCACUGAUAUGGAUCGUGAUUUGAGUCGGGGUGAGAAGCUUCUAGGCAGCCUGGGAGGCAUGUUCUCUAGAACAUGGAAGCCAAAGAAGACCAGGGCAAUUACAGGGCCUGUCAUUACAGGAGAUGCGCCAAAGAAAACAGGGGGGAAAAACAAAGAGCAAAGGGAAAAGUUAGGUUUAACUCCUGCACCUAAAGGGCAGACAACUACUCGAACACCUCCUUCUGAACCAACAAAUGCCUUACAGAAAGUUGAGGUAGAGAAAGCAAAACAGGAUGAUGCCCUUUCUGAUCUAAGUAAUAUCUUAGGUGAUCUAAAGAGCAUGGCAGUUGACAUGGGAACUGAACUUGAAAGGCAAAAUAAAGCUCUUGAUCAUCUUCAUGAUGAUGUGGAUGAAUUAAACUCUCGCGUUAAAGGUGCCAAUCAACGAACACGCCGUUUGCUUGGGAAAUGAAAAGCCAAUUGUUUGAAAUACCAGCUUCCUUAAUUUGACAAAAAUUCCAUUCUUCUACCGUAUCAAUCAAUUGUUUUGUGUUUUGUUUUUUUGUUUUCCCUUAAAUUGGUUAAAUUCAUUUGCUACUGGUGUAUUAAACUUCAAGUCCAUUCUUCUACUAAUUUUUGAAGUGUGUGUAUGUGUAUAUAUAUAAUGAAAGUAUGUAUAAAGCAGGGAAGCAUAUGAAAAAAAAAAAAAUCAGCUUCCUUUUUCGGACAA